CGUCCGCCCACCUUGUGAGGUAGCAGCGGCAGCCGGCAGCAGAGGAGGGACCCGGAGGAAGCCUCUCCAGCAGAGAUGGGCAGCAGCUCCCUUUGGGACUUGGUUCAGCACCAGAGGCUCCUCCUCAUGAUGCUCGUCCUAGGAAUUGGUGGGUCCCUCCAGGCUGGCUUCCAAGGGUCUAUGAUCACCUACACCUCUGUGCACGUGAAAACGUUCAUCAAUGAGAGCUGGCUGGUGCGAUCCGGGAUGCCCGUCCACCCCGAAAGCCUCACAUUGUUCUGGGCCUCGAUUGUGUCCAUCUUUUCCUUAGGGGGCCUCCUGGGCACUAUGGCCAGCGGGUACCUGACAACAAAGUUCGGGAAAAAGAAAUGCCUCUUGGGCGCCAACCUCACCAUGCUGUCAGGAGCCGUCAUCAUGGGCAUCAGCAAGGUGGCCGACUCUUUUGAGCUGAUCCUGGCAGGUCGCUUCCUGUGUGGCAUCAGCACUAGUCUCUGUGUCCUUCUCCAUCCUCAGUAUGUCGGGGAAAUUUCCCCCAAGAAGCUCCGUGGAUUCGCAAAUUCAACUGCCUCCAUCUUCUGGAGCCUGGGGAAAGUCCUGGGUCAGGUGAUGGGGCAAAGAGAGUUCCUAGGAAACGCUUCGCUGUGGCCGCUGCUGUUGGCCUCCCACAGCGUGACUGCCUUGCUCCAGCUGCUGACUCUGCCCUUCUUCCCUGAGUCCCCGCCUCACCUGUUCCUGAACAAAGGGGAUGAGGAAGGAUGCCUGAAAGCCAUGAAGACCCUCUGGGGACGAGGGCCUCACCAGGUGGAGCUGGACGACCUGAGGAAGCAGCAGUCUGCCUUGUGGAGCACCAAGAGUGUCUUGGAAGUGAUGAAGGAUCGGGCCCUGCGCCGGCAGCUGUAUGUCCUUUUCCUGUUGGCUGUGACCCUACAGCUGACCGGCAUCCACACAAUUUACAGCUACACAUUUGAAGUCCUGCAGACGGUUGGUUUCGACAACGACCAGAUCCCGGCCUUGUCUUUGGGGAUCAGCCUCAGCGAGCUCCUCUCUGCCGUCUUCUGUAGUGUCAUCAUUGAGCGUUUCGGAAGAAGAUUACUGCUCUGGGGAGGUUAUGGGCUGAUGGCCACAGUGCUUGCUGCUAUCACGCUGACCAUCUCCCUGCAGCAUUCCUUCUCCUGGAUGCCCUACUGCAGCCUUGCCCUGAUAUUCUGCUUUGUGAUCUGUUUUGGAGCCGGCCCAGCCGGGGCUGGGGCGUCUGUGAGGAUGGAGAUCUUCGACCAGUCCUCCAGGUCGUCUUCCUACGUGAUCAGCGGAGUCUUAAACUGGAUCGGAUUCUUUGUGAUAGGAAUGGUGUUCCCAUUUGUUGUGGAACGCAUUCAUCAGUUCAGCUUCCUCAUCUUCAUGGGCACUCUCUACAUUUCCGCAUUCGUUAUUUACUUCAUCCUGCCGGAGACCAAGGGGAAAUCGAUCCUCGAAAUCCGAGAGGAGUUUGAUGAACUCAAUUUUAAGAAGAAGCGGGCUCUGGGCUCAGAAGCAAGCUUCGCAGGAGACCCUGUGCUCUGCACCAAGCUAUGACGGAACUCUCGGGGAUAAGGAGGUCAGAAGAACUCUGUAGGUGAAUCGGGCCCACUUAGCCCCAGCUUCCUGCUCCUAGUCUAGGUGCCCACAACCAGGGCCUGAGUCCAUCUACCCUGCCUGCUUGUGCUCCCCAGCCACUAGCUUUUCCUUCAGAGGCAAACCGCCCUUGUGCCUGCUUAGAAGCAAAGCCUCAUAAAGGUGUGGGGAGAGAUUCAUAAUUAUGAACAAUAGUGGAACAAAACCCGAUCACUGACGCCAGUGAGACAGACAGUCAUGACAGGCGGAGCCUUGCCAGGAAUGGCCCCUGGCUUAGGAGUCUGCUCCUGCCAGGGAUGGCUGCCACCUCCUCCUCCUCCUCUGCCUCCAGGCUCAGCUGUGGGAUUCAGAAAGCGGCUGACUCUGCUGCCGUUUCAGGCUGGUUUGGGACCAAUUGGUUUUAUUGCAGGUUUCUAGCUGGUUGGCAAGAUCCUGAUCCAUUUCAUUAGCUGGAUAUUUUAAAAGAUGCGUUGCUCCGUUUUCCUGACUUUUGUGAUAUGUUGUAACUGUUAUUUUAUCAUGCUUCGGAAGUGGUUGUACUCUGCUUGGAAGGACAAUGUCCUAGAAAGCAAUUUAGAGAACUCUUAAGGGGAAAUAAACAAACAAACAAAUAAACAAACCAACUCCAGAUCAUUUAUGAACAAGUUUAUAAGUCUAAUGCAGAGCCUAGCGGGGGCUCAACUCUGCUGGGCAAAUGGUCCGUUCAUUCAUCCGCUCUCUGCUGCCUCUUCUUUUAGCUAGCCGCCCCUCCAUAAGAGGACUAGCCCUCUCUUCCCACAGGGGUUAAUAUUCCUUUCCUGAGCAAGGAGUUGGAGUGGAUGGUGUUUAGAGUCCAUCAAUUGACACAUAGUGGCCCUCCCCAUGAAAGACCAGUUUUGCUGGAGUCUCUGAGGAAGUCUAAUCAAAUCAACCUGGGGAUUAAUGGAGAUUGUUG